GGAGAGGAUCCGAGAGAGAGAGAGAGAGAGAAAGCAAAGAAAUCACCCGGCAAGUUUUCACCUCUCCAGCUCUGCCACAUCUCAACAGGUCGUCGAUUCAUCUCCAGAUCUAUCUUUCCUCUGCCGGUAAGUUCAUCUCCAGCUCUUUGUCACCGCUUGGCUUCGAUGGCCUCUUGUAGUCGCCUAGAAGUGAAAAUAGUUUUUUCUCUUUCUAGAUCCGCGUUUCAAAGCUCGAUGUUGCAAGCACUCAUCGCGACGAAAGAGUCACGACGAUUGUAUUGCUGGGGAUUAAUAGCGGUAAGUAUUCAGUUGCUUGAAUACCCAAGACCAUUGCUGGGAAUUAAUCCCAAGCGGACCCUUCCAAAUCCCUAAUCGUGAGAAAUCAAAGAGAUAGGCGACAUGGAUGGAGAACAAUAAAUG